UUAUGGUAAACAAAACAAGACUUAUGGUAAAUGUAAACAAAGUUCCGCACAACUUUGCACUCGGUGAAUCAUGAAACUUACAGGCCUGUCAUAACGCAUGCAGCACUAGUUUUUGUAGCAACAUGUUUUAAAAUGCAGCCACAAUACGAUUUGAAGCGGCCUCCAUCAAUGGAGACGUGUACAAAUAUGUUUGGAUCCCCCCUGUUUUGAUGGUAGAGUAUGUCGAACGGUAUCCCUGUACUACGGGAUUGUCGAGCAAGAAAAACAAUUGGAGGAGCACCUCGAGCGUCGCUUCAUUGAGCAACACGUAGUGGGAGACCUCAAGCUCAAGGAUAUUAAGAACAACAAAGCUUCGGCAAGGGAGGGCAAGCGCAACCAAAGGUUCACUCCGCAUCAACGUAGAGCCAUGAGAUGAUGCUUGUGCAAAGUCCCAGCCAUUGGGAUUCGCAGCCAGGAGAAACGCAGCUGCCCCAGAAGCCCAUUGGUCAGCCCACAAGGGUGGAACCAGCAUCUUGUGGUAUUACGUGUCUUCCAGGACUGGGCCAGAUACAGCAACAGCACUCUAGCAAGUCUGCACCAAGAGUCAACACUUGUGAGGUGAUGGCAGCAAUGGGCCACAUCAAAGAAGAACCCCAAGACUGCUCUUCAAGUGAACAUCUGGCCGUAGUAGUAAAGACAGAGCCUUAUGACUCUACAGUCUUGGCAGUGGAGGACAGCAUGGGACAGAGCUGUGGCUCACCAUCAGAAGAAACAGCACCAAGUUCUGGUAUACUUCAUAUCAAGGAUGAACCCAAAGACGUUUGUGAUUCAGCAUCUUCAGGUUGCAACACUUCAGAUGCAAACUUCAACACAGCAGCUGUUCAGCCUCUAUUCGACAACACUGUCUCGCUCACUGUGGAUGUUUGGCCCACGGAUUCAAAGCCACCUGGAGGCUGUGCUCCAAACCAGAACGAGACUCAAGAGCCCGGUGAAUCAUCAAUCUCCGAUUUCGAGAAGGACAAGACGUACAAGUGCAAUGUUUGUUCAGCUACGUGCUCUAACGUAGACCACGUGGAAGUUGCCCUCAGAGCUAACAAAGUGAGCACAUUCACCUGCGAAACAUGUAGAAAAAGUAGUAGACAAAAACUCACAGACAAAAAAACACACACAGGUGUGAAGCCAUACAGAUGCGACCUCUGUUUUGCACAGUUCAGCCGCAGCUCAAACCUGCGGUAUCACAAGCAGACACACACGGGCGAGAAGCCAUACAAGUGCGAUAUCUGUCCUGCGGAGUUCGGCCACAGCGCGAACCUGCGGAACCACAAGCAGACACACACAGGCGAGAAGCCAUACAAGUGCAAUCUCUGUCCUGCAGAGUUCAGCCAUAGCACAAACCUGCGGCGUCACAAACUGACACAUACUGGUGAGAAGCCAUACAAGUGCAAUCUCUGUCCUGCAGAGUUCAGCCGCAGCACAGACCUUCAGCGACACACACACACACAUACGGGCGAAAAGCCACACAAGUGUGAUCUCUGUCCUGCAAAGUUCGCUCAGGGCAUGCACCUGCAGCGUCACAAGCGGACUCAUACGGGCGAGAAGCCAUACAAAUGUGAUAUCUGUUCUGCAGAGUUCAGCCGCAGUGCAAACUUGCAGCAUCACAAGCAGACACACACAGGAGACAAGCCGUACAAGUGUGAUCUCUGUCCUGCCGAGUUCAACCGCAACUCAAACCUGCGGUGUCACAAGCGGACACACACUGGAGAAAAGCCAUACGAGUGUGACACCUGUCAUGCAAAAUUUAGCCGCAGCACGGACCUGAGGCGUCACAUGCUGACACACACGGGUGAGAAGCCGCACAAGUGCAGUCUCUGUCCUGCAGCGUUCACACGCAGCACAGACCUACGGUGCCACUUGCAGAUACAUGCAGGCAAGAAGCCCUACAAAUGCGACAUGUGCCCUGCAGAAUUCAGCCACAGCACAGACCUGCUGCAUCACAAGGAGACACACAUAGGAAAGAAGCCGUACAAGUGUGAUCUCUGCCCUGCCGAGUUCAGCCGCAGCUCAAACCUGCGGUACCACAAGCAGACACACACUGGAGAGAAGCCCCAUGAGUGUGACACCUGUCAUGCAAGAUUUAGCCGCAGCACAGACCUGAGGCGUCACAUGCUGACACACACGGGCGAGAAGCCGCACAAGUGCAAUGUCUGUCCUGCAGAGUUCAGCCGCAGCACGGACCUGCGGUGCCACCUGCAGAUGCACGCAGGUGAGAAGCCCUACAAAUGCGACAUCUGCCCUGCGGAAUUCCCCCGCAGCACAGACCUGCUGCAUCACAAGGAGACACACGCGGGAGAGAAGCCAUACAAGUGUGAUCUCUGUCCUGCAGAGUUCAACCGCAGCUCAAACCUGCGGUGCCACAAGCAGACACACACUGGAGAGAAACCACACGAGUGUGACACCUGUCAUGCAAAAUUUAGCCGUGGCACGGACCUGCGGCGUCACAUGUUGACACACACAGGUGAGAAGCCGCACAAGUGCAAUCUCUGUCCUGCAGAGUUCAGCCGCAGCACAGACCUGCGGUGCCAUUUGCAGAUGCAUGCAGGCGAGAAGCCCUACAAAUGCGACAGGUGCCCUGCAGAAUUCAGCCGCGGCACAGACCUGCGGCGUCACAAGCAGACACACACGGGUGAGAAGCCUUGCAAGUGUGAUUUUUGUCCUGCAAAGUUUAGUCACAUCACGAACUUGCGGUGCCACAAGCAUACACACACGGGCGAGAAGCCAUACAAGUGUAGCCUCUGUCCAGCUGAGUUUGGCCACAGUACAAACCUGCGGCGUCAUGUGCUCACACACACGGGCGAAAAGCCAUACAAGUGCGAUACCUGUGCUUCGGGGUUCAGCCAGAUGGUGCACCUGCGGCGUCACAAGCUGACACACACGGGGGAGAAGCCAUACAAGUGCAAUCUCUGUCCUUCGAAGUUCAGCCAGAGGGCGCACCUGUGGCGCCACAAGCUGACACACACGGGAGAGAAGCCAUUCAAGUGCGAUCUCUGUCCCGCAGAGAUCAGCCGCAGCGCGGACCUUCCACGCCACAAGCACACGCACACUGGCGAGAAGCCAUACGAGUGUGAUCUCUGCCCUGCAAAGUUCAGUCAGAGCGUGCACCUGCGGCGUCACAAGCAGACACAUACGGGUGAGAAGCUGCACAAGUGCGAUACCUGUCCUGCAGCGUUCAAUCGGAGAGCGCACCUGCAGCGCCACAAGCAGACACAUACGUGAGAGAGGGAGACCGUACAAGUGUAGACUUUGUUCUAUUCCAUGUCCUCGACCUGGGAACAGGAAGAAGCUUGUGGCAACGCACGGAAAAGAACGG